AUGUGCAUCUUAUGGGACCCGGAAGAGGUGGAUAUUCAGGCUACCAGAGAUAUUGAGUCUAGGUGGGUUGUUCAUGUUGUGGUCACGACAAAGCUCAAAAGUCCAUGGAUAUUGUCCUCAAUCUAUGGGAGUACAAAUAAAGUUAACAGAAAGAGAACUUGGGAGGAACUUCGUGCUAUAUCUGAUUUAGGACAGGCUGGUCAUAUGGUAAUGGGUGAUCUGAAUACGAUUGGUUCAAGGAAUGAAAAAGCUGGUGGUAGAGAGCCGUCUGCAAGUCAAUUGCAGGAACUCAAAGAUGUUAUGGACCAAUGUGGCUUGAUUGAUUUGGGUGCUAAUGGGCCAAGGUACACGUGGAAUAAUAAAAGAACUGGUCUUGCUAACAUCAAGGAAAGGCUGGAUUGUGUGUUGGAUAAUGAGGAAUGGUGUAAAACCUACCCAAAUGCCCAGGUAUUUCACCUUUCUUAUUUUAAUUCCGAUCAUAGAGUGGUUUUAAUCGACCUUGAGCCUAAGAAGAAAUUUAAACAACGUCCUUUUAGGAUAGAGGCCAUGUGGGCUCAUGACAAUAGAUUUAAAGAUAAUUGGCACAAUCCUUUUAGGCAUAGUGACCAAAAUUACUUCGAGAAUGUUGAGAGACUUCAAAAAGAAGCUAGGCAGUGGAAUAAGAAUGUAUUUGGAAAUCUUUAUACUAGGAUUGAAUGUGCUCUUGUUAAGCUUAUUGAUGCUCAAAAUGCAUUUGAUUUUUCUCCUACUGAAGAGGCUAGGAUGCACAUGUAUUCUUGUUUAUAUGAUUAUCUGAAUCUUCUUAAAAUGGAAGAGGUUUUUUGGAGAAAAAAGUCUAGAGUAGAAUGGCUGAAAGAUGGGGAACUUAACACUAAGUCAUUUCAUACUUCAACCUUGAUUGUAGGACACAUUGUAUCUGAAUGCAUGGUUAGUUGGAAAGAUCUGAAUAAGCCAGAGGAAGGGGAAAUAGUAAAUGAAGGCAACAAAUAUAGAAAAAAAGGCAAAAAUUCAGAUAAUGAGGAGAAAUCUAUUGGUAUUUCCGAUCCUAAAGAUGAUGCGACUAUUGAUACCAUUCAUAUGGUGGAUGCUGGAGUUCCUGUUGCUACCUCAGAAGUUGGAAUCAAGUUAUCUAAAGCUUUCCAUGCUCUUUAG